CGAAGCGGAGAGAGUCGAGGAAGAGAGAGAGAACGAGCUCAGACCCCUUUGUGUCACACACAUGGAUUAAUAACAGGAUUUUUCCUCCUUUUUCCUUACCAGCGGUGAUUUUUAAACGCGCAGGACAGCCGUGACUGACAUAAUCAAAAUCGCUGACAUACCCACACACACUCUAUCUCUCUCUCUUAUACACACACACACACGCGCGCGCUACGGGUGGUCAUUAAGCCUAAUUUUUUAAUUCAACAUUUGGACUCCAUUGAGAGAAAUAAGGUGAAAACACCGGUAACGCAUUCACACUCCCACGCACACACGGACUGGACGAUAAACAGGAGGAUUUGAGUCAUUUUUUUUCUUGCUGCUGUGCUGCAAAGUUGGGAAGAAAUCUGGGCACUUGAGUCGUGACAGCAUGGAUGGAUUUGAUGCGUUGUUUGGCGCAUUCGGCGUUCGUCGCCCACCCAGGAUAUUGUGCUGCUGGAAGAUUUUUUUUCUGCUCAGCAUCUUCUUUCACAACUACCUGAGCUCCUUGCUGGACUGUCCGCCCACUUGCACCUGCUCGCCCACAGAAAUUUACUGCAAUAGAUCAGAUGCCAGCAAAUUCUUCCCGCUGUUGUCCUUUCAGAGCACCGGGAGCGCCGGGAACAGUACCGGGAGCAUCCAGGACCUUUUUCAGAACAUCACCUCCAUACACAUUGAGAACUGGACUGAUCUGCAGACCUUGAGGGAUGUUGACAUGGAGCUCUACACUGGCUUACAGAGGCUAACUAUCACAAGAAGCCACCUGGUUACAAUCCAGACUCGUGUUUUCUCCAAGAACCCCCACCUGCGCUAUAUAAACCUGUCCAAGAACCCCAUGUUGACCACAUUGUCCUGGCAGAUCUUUGAACAUCUGCAGCUCUUUGAACUUCAUUUAGAGGAGGUGGUGUUUGCCUGUGGAUGUGAGAUUCGUUGGCUGCAGCUAUGGCAACAGAGAGAAGAGGCAGGGCUUGGCAGCCAACAGUUAUACUGUGCUGAUGGCUACACAGAGGGUAUUAGAAGGAUGGCAGGAAGAAAGAUACUGCUGCAGGAUAUGAACAUCAGCAGCUGUGACCUGCCAGAUAUUAGCGUCAGCCAUAGCAACCUUACUGUUGUCGAGGGUGAUCGAGUAACAGCAAUCUGUAACGGCUCUGGAUCACCGUUACCUGAGGUGGACUGGCCUGUCAAUGGCUUACACUCCAUCAAUGCACAAGAGGCCAGAGUCUACGACAACAACACCAUUCAUUCUAUCAACAUAACUUUGGUCAAUGUGAGCAGAGACGACAACAACUUCCUGCUAACCUGCACUGCCACCAACAUAGUGGGCAUGACCAAUGCUUCCGUCCAGCUAACUGUUCACUUUCCUCCUUCCAUCGUGAGGCUGAAGGAGCCAGAGCGGCGCCAUGACACAUGCAUAGAGUUCACAGUUCGAGGUUCACCCCACCCCACCUUACGAUGGUUCUACAAAGACAAGGAGAUAUCCCACACUGAGUAUGUGCGUCCUGAUAUGGAUAUUUAUCAGGACUACAUAGAAGGCUGCCUAACCUUUAAAAACCCAACACAUCACAACAAUGGCAACUAUACUUUGGAGGCCAGCAACUACCUCGGUGUAGCCACCAGUACUGUGUACGGACAUUUCCUGGACAAGCCCUUUGAAGGUCCAGACACAGAUUAUGAUUACGUAGUAACACCGACUGCAGAGGCUCACAAACCUGAGGAGGAUACUUUUGGGGUCUCUAUAGCAGUAGGCCUGGCAGGGUUUGCCUGUGUGAUGCUGGUGAUUCUCUUCCUUCUCAUCAACAAAUAUGGACGACGCUCCAAGUUUGGCAUGAAAGGACCAGUAACAGUGAUAAGCGGUGAGGAAGACUCUGCCAGCCCCCUUCAUCAUGUGAACCAUGGAAUAAUCAGCCCCUGUGCACUGGAUGCAGGGCCUGAUGCUGUGGUGAUUGGAAUGACCAGGAUCCCCAUCAUAGAGAACCCACAGUACUUCAGACAUGGACACAACUGUAACAAACCUGCCACCUAUGUUCAGCAUAUUAAACGGAGGGACAUUAUUUUGAAGCGAGAGCUCGGAGAGGGAGCCUUCGGCAAGGUCUUCCUGGCUGAAUGUUACAACCUGAGCCCCACCAAGGACAAGAUGCUGGUAGCAGUAAAGACUCUGAAGGACCCCACUCUUGCAGCCAGGAAAGAUUUCCAGCGUGAGGCUGAGUUGCUGACCAACCUCCAGCAUGAGCACAUAGUGAAGUUCUAUGGAGUCUGUGUGGACGGAGACCCUCUCAUCAUGGUCUUUGAGUACAUGAGGCACGGAGAUCUCAAUAAGUUUCUCAGAGCCCAUGGGCCAGACGCCAUGAUCCUAGUGGAUGGACAGCCUUUGCAGACCAAUGGGGAGCUGGGUCUCUCCCAGAUGCUUCACAUAGCAAGUCAGAUCGCAGCUGGGAUGAUCUACUUGGCAUCUCAACACUUUGUGCACCGUGAUCUGGCAACCAGGAACUGCCUGGUGGGGAAUGGCCUUCUGGUGAAAAUAGGAGACUUUGGCAUGUCCAGGGACAUUUACAGCACUGAUUAUUACAGGGUAAGAACAAGUCUUUUUGUUUCAUGCAUAACACACCUUUUUGUGACCCCCCUUUGUUAG